AUGUAUCUUGCUAAUGCUACGAUACCUGACAUAGCAUUUUCUGUUAAUUUGUUAGCAAGAUAUAAUUCCUCCCCUAUACGAAGACAUUGGAAUGGAACUAAACAUAUUUUACGAUAUCUAAAGGGGACUAGUGAUAUGGGUCUAUUUUAUACUAACAAAGAUAGUGCAGAUCUUGUUGGUCAUGCAGAUGCAGGUUAUUUAUCUGACCCACAUAAAGUUCGAUCUCAAACAAGCUAUUUAUUUACAUAUGGAGGUACUGCUAUAUCAUGGCGAUCUACAAAGCAGUCUAUUGUCGCUACUUCUUCAAAUCAUGCUGAGAUAAUAGCUAUUCACGAAGCAAGUAGAGAAUGUGUAUGGUUGAGAUCAGUGAUACAUUUCACCAAUGUGGUUUGA